CUCCCUCGGUCCGCCGUGACAAGUUUAUCUUGUGACUGCCGCAGCUGCAUUUUCCUUCCUAGAUUGCGGAGCGUUCUCAUCCACCAUGCGUUUCCUGGCCUGCACGAUCCUGCUGCUGGCGCUCGCCGCCGCCACCCGGGCCGAGCCCCUGCGCUUCAAGGACUGCGGUUCUAAGGUCGGAGUUAUAAAGGAGGUGAAUGUGAGCCCAUGCCCCACCCAGCCCUGUGAGCUGCACAAAGGCCAGUCUUACAGUGUCAAUGUCACCUUCACUAGUGGCACUCAGUCGGAGAACAGCUCCGCCACAGUGUACGGCAUCCUGGCAGGACUCCCCGUCUUCUUCCCCAUUCCUGAGCCCGACGGUUGUAAAUCUGGAAUCAACUGCCCCAUCCAGAAAGACAAGACCUACAGCUACCUGAAUAAACUCCCGGUGAAGAGUGAAUACCCCUCUAUAAAGCUGGUGGUGAAAUGGGAACUUCAAGAUGACAAAAAGCAAAACCUCUUCUGCUGGGAGAUUCCAGUAGAGAUCAAAGGCUAAACUCUUUGGCGCCCUGUGUCUGUGUGGGGUGAGAGGUCAUGGCUGGAGGGAAGGGAAGAAACAGAAGAGAGAUCCGACCUGAAAUUAAGCCAGUGCCGUAAGAUGAACAGAAUUUCAAGGCUGCUAUCUUAUGCCUCUCAACCUCCAUAAAAGUAUCUGCGACCUUACUCUUGAGAACUCAGAACUCUAGCCCCCUCAAUAGCCUUUGUUGAGGCCGCAGAGUGGGAGAGGGAUACUGGAGCUGAGUUGUCUCCAUGGCUGUUUGCUUUUGGAUUAAGGUUGGCAGGAUGGGAGGAGGUUACUUAGGGAUGUCAGAUCAUUUGACCCAGGGCUAUCAAUCCGCUGUGAAGGAUGGCUUCCAAGAGACUCCUCUCUAGCUGAGGGUAUUACCUCUACAGGUUCCUCGUCUCUUAAGCCCUUCCUGAGUGCCGUGCUCCUGGCUAAUCAGUCUACUGAGUCUUGAUAGUCCCCUCAGCCCCAAUGCUUCAACAAUAGUGAGCAGCUCUUCAGCCAGCAUCCAGAGACUGUUUGAGAGGUGCAGCAGAAAGUUGGCUCUGAAUACUUUCCGCUCUUCUUUGUGGUCAGCUCUUGUUUCUUGUUCUUCAGAGGCUUUUAUUAAAGAUGAUACUUGGUUGCA